AUGAGUCACGAAGAGGACUACACUACCAACAUCGAUGAGCAGCUCCUCACUGCAGUCAAAAACCAGGUCAAUGGCCAUGGUCUUGACGACACAAGUCGAAUCGACACAAGUCGGCUUGACGAAAACAGAGUGAAAUUGGAGCAUUCCAAGGGCUCUGAUGUCAGCCAGGAACAACACGCUGCCGAGGCAGCUCAGGCGGCCCAGGCGUUGUAUCAUCAUCAACAGCACCUACACGAUGUGGGCGAGCUGGAGUACAACAUCCAGAUUCCAGAGCCCAUCAUUGAUCUGAGGCUGAAAAUAUACCCGGUGCUGGAAAACACCAUCACCAACGAAGGCAACUUGAUCACCCGGCCGUUCCCGGAACAGAAUUUCCACACAAGAGAGGAGCUCAACGAGUUCAUUGCGGAUUUCGCCCGGGUCAAUGGGUUUGGUAUUGUCAUUGCCCAUUCCAAUCGGAAAGCCAUUUACUACACGUGUGAGUUGGGUGGGAGGUACCGCCACAAGAAGGGCAAGACGAUACAGCAGCAGCAGCAGGAGGAGGAGGAAGAGGCUGCACAACGUGAGUUGAACGAAGCUGGCACAGGGUACGUGUUGGACUCCCAUGCCAGAACCAAGAAGUUGCGGUGCCCGUUCUCCAUGACUGCGUCGUUCCGGAAAAGCAACUCGAUUUGGUCUCUAAGAACGACUUGCAACGAGCACAACCAUCCGCAAUUGGACCCGUUGUCUAAUCAUCCAAUGUUGCGUAAACGGUCAGACGAGUUGAACUUGCUCAUAUUGGAUUUGUACAAGGUAGGCACCAAACCAUCGCACAUCGAGGCGAAAAUAAAGCACCAGUUCCCGGACGUGUUGAUCAAAAGAGAAGACAUAUACAACGAGAUUCGAGGCUACAAGCGGAAACUCAAGAAGCUGAACAAGUAUAUGGGUGCUGGCGUGACUCCACUGGGGGUCAAGAGACGCCGCAACGCUGCGCUGUACCACGAGGUUAUGGAUGGCGACGACGACGAUGACCACGACGAAGUUAUGCUGUACGAGUUGGAGAGGCAGCGGCACGAGGAGUUGCAGCGGCAGAUUCAGGCUGCUGAAGACGCCCACAACUCCCACCAUCACCAUCACCACGAGGACAUCUCUCAUUCCCUUUCCCAUCAUCUGCAUCACUUGGACGAGCAACAACUACAACACUACCAGCAACAGUUGCAAGAGCACGGUCUUCAUGACUCGGACCAUAACGAUAGCACUGCAGCAGCAGCAAUCGCAGCCGUUGCCAAUGCCACGCAUGGUAACUCCAACAGCGAUCUUACCAUCGACAACAUCGAUAGCCGCUUGGUUGGCGAUUGA